UUAAGCCCUUUUUAACAUCCCUUCUUCUCCUCCAAAAAUGGCGAUGUAUGUUCAGUACAAAUCUUCUUCAGGCUAUGCCAUCUUCGAGGUGCACGGACUAGAUGAGAUCGGGCAGAACACUGAGGCCGUUCGGACCUCCGUCUCUGACCUCAGUCGGUUUGGCCGCGUAGUUCAGCUCACAGCGUUUCCCCCCUUCGAGUCUGCUCUCGAUGCUCUCAACCAAAUCAACGCCGUCUCCGAAGGUGUUAUGACUGACGAGCUAAGAAGUUUACUGGAGUUGAAUCUUCCUAAAGUCAAAGAGGGAAAGAAACCCAAGUUCAGCUUAGGAUUGGCUGAGCCUAAACUCGGUUCACAUAUUUUUGAAGCCACUAAAAUCCCAUGCCAGAGCAAUGAGUUCGUACUUGAGCUUCUCAGAGGUGUACGCCAGCAUUUUGAUAGGUUCAUCAAGGACCUAAAGAUUCCAUUUUGGGUAUCAAGAUACAUAGCUGGGGGAGUAGGUGUUUCUUUUCCGACUGAGCAACUGUUCAGAAGUCUUGUAGUUACUCUGUUAAUCCCUUUAAUCAUUGGCAAGGUUAUUCGGGAAUCAUUUCAAAGGUUUUGCAAACUUAGUUGACAAUAACCGUAGCCUCUUUUCAAAUAUCAACGCAAUCUGCCUCAGUAUGGGUAGCCUUGGACUAUCGCUUUGUUGCGGGUGUGGUCAGGACCUUUAACUGGUGACCGUAUGGUAAUCGCUCUCUGGAACAGUUGCUCUGAGCCUGCAACCAUUACAGCAUCAUGGGGGUUGAAUAUAAAACGGGGGCCAUAAAAAAUGAAGAAUAUGGCUUUGUGAUUGUUAAUGUGGUUACGUGGGAGUUUAGUGAUGUGAUGAUUUAUGAG